GCGGCCGCCUUGGAGGCGUGGCCUUCUCCUGCCGGGCGGGGCCGGGCGGUCUCGGGGCUCGCGGGGCAUUGUGGGCCCAGCUCUCGCGCCUCCCACACCUCUCAGCCUGCGCGAGCGCGCGCCUCCGGCCCGGCCUCGGUCUCGCGCCUCCGCCCGCUCCCCGCGCACUCCCCGGCCCAGCCCCGCGCGCUCCCGCGCCAUGGCCUCCGGCUCUCCCGUGAAGCGGCCCCGCAUGGAGUCGGCCCUCGAGCAGCUGCGGCGCUUCACCACCGUGGUGGCCGACACGGGCGACUUCCGCGCCAUUGAGGAAUAUAAGCCUCAGGAUGCCACCACCAAUCCUUCACUGAUCCUGGCCGCGGCCCAGAUGCCAGCCUACCAGGACCUAGUAGAAGAUGCUAUUGCAUAUGGAAAAGAGCUCGGGGGAUCCCAGGACCAACAGAUCCAGAAUGCCAGUGACAAGCUCUUUGUGUUAUUUGGGGCUGAGAUUCUGAAGAAGAUUCCGGGCCGGGUCUCCACAGAAGUUGAUGCCAGGUUGUCCUUUGACAAAGAAGAAAUGGUCCAAAGGGCCCUGCGCCUCAUUGACCUCUACAAAGAAGCCGGUGUCAGCAAAGAGCGCAUUCUCAUCAAGCUGGCUUCCACCUGGGAAGGAAUUCAGGCUGGAAAGAUCCUGGAGGAGCGGCAUGGUGUCCACUGCAACAUGACCCUGCUGUUCUCCUUUGCUCAGGCCGUGGCCUGCGCCGAGGCUGGCGUGACCCUCAUCUCCCCGUUUGUUGGGCGCAUCUUGGACUGGCACGUGGCAAACACAGACAAGAAGUCCUAUGAGCCCCAGGAGGACCCAGGGGUAAAGAGCGUCACCAAAAUCUACAACUACUACAAGAAGUUUGGCUACAAGACCAUCGUGAUGGGCGCGUCCUUCCGCAACGUGGGCGAGAUCAAGGCCCUGACAGGUUGCGACUAUCUCACCAUCUCCCCCAAGCUCCUUGGGGAGCUGCUGAAAGAGAAUGCCAAGCUCGCCCCUGUGCUCAGUGUCCAAGAAGCCCAGGCCAGCAGCCUGGAGAAGGUUCACCUGGACGAGAAGGCCUUCCGGUGGGAGCACAACCAGGACCAGAUGGCCGUCGAGAAGCUGUCUGAUGGCAUCCGCAAGUUUGCGGCUGAUGCCGUGAAGCUGGAGAAGAUGCUACAGGAAAGGAUGUUUGGUGCUGAGAAUGGGAACUGAGGACCGGGUGGACGGGCUGACGGACGGAUGGAGGGCCGCGAGCUGGGAGUUCGGGCUGAGCUGGUGGAGGGGCCGUGUCCAUGGCGACGGAUGCGGCUUUCUGCAAUGAGGCUCGACUAGAGUUUGUUCAGAUUUUUAUGCCGGAGUUUGCCUAAUGCAUUAAAAUGAUUACUUACCUU